AAACCAACGGCCCCUCGGGUAACAGGAAGUACGAAUAGAAAACCAAAAGGAAAUAAGACCUGACUGUCGCUCUCACUCGCUCAGAAUUUACCGACCGGAGUCCCGGCAGAGCGGCAGUGAAGCGUGUUGGUCCCCGGCGCCCUCCCGACCGGUCCGGAGAGGAGGGAGGGAUGCCGGCAGGUGGACCUCAUGGUGCUUUCUGAGCCUUCAGUGGUGUCAGCGAUACAAAGGAAACUUACUUUGGGUGCCACGCUCUGCGAGAAAGCUAUGUGUUGGUCAAGCGCUCUGAGCACCAUGGCAGCCGAGGAGCAGAAUUGGCCCAUCCCCAUGAAGGCCAUCGGGGCCCAGAACCUCCUGACCAUGCCGGGGGGCGUGGUCAAGUCCGGCUAUCUUCACAAGAAGGGAGGCACCCAGCUGCAGCUGCUGAAAUGGCCACUGAGGUUUGUGAUCAUCCACAAGAGAUGUAUCUAUUACUUCAAGAGCAGCACGUCAGCCUCUCCGCAGGGAGCCUUCUCGUUGAGCGGCUACAAUCGGGUCAUGCGAGCAGCUGAGGAAACAACAUCAAACAACGUCUUCCCUUUCAAGAUCGUCCACAUCAGCAAGAAGCACCGGACCUGGUUUUUCUCCGCCUCCUCGGAAGAUGAAAGAAAGAGCUGGAUGGCCCUGCUGAGGAAGGAGAUAGGGUUCUACCAUGAAAAGAAAGAAGCUUUUCUCGAUUUCAAGUACGCACCAGCUCCACUUACUGGCGACUCGAAUUCUGACACGGACAGCUUCUACGGCUCCAUAGAGCGCCCCAUCGAUAUCAGCCUGUCCCCGUUCCCGACCGACACCGAAGACUAUGAACACGAAGAUGAUGACGAUUCCUACAUGGAGCCAGAUUCUCCAGACCCUUUGAAGAUGGAAGAUCACAUGAUCCACCCGCCGGCCUACCCGCCUCCCCCGGUCCCCAACUCGAGAAAAUCCGCCUUUUCGGAAACCCAGAGGGCGCAGUCCUUCUCGGUGAAGAGCCUGUGCCCCCCGCCGCCCCCCAAGAGGGGCCUGCCGGAGAUCACACCCGAGGACCUGAAGAGAGAAUUGCUCUGCGCCCGGAAGGUCGAGCCCGGCGGGAAGUCGUCCUUGGCGAGCAGGAGGCUGAGCGACCCGCCCUCGGGGGCCCCCCCGGCCGUACCCCACUUCCGCAAACCGACCGGCGUCCAGGACAGCUUCUCGUCCUCCCCGGAGCCCCUGCCCCUCGGCCACCUCCUCGGCGUCUCCAAGGCCUGCGACAGGCCCAGACCCUUCCAACUGCCCCCGCGGGGACUCCCGGCCCCCGGCGGCGAGCCGCCCCCCGUCCCGACCAACAAGCCCAAGGUGACCAAAGCCGGGGACCCGGGCCGGCCCCCGAGAGAAGCCGCCAAGCCCGGGUUGUUCGUUCCGGCCGUCGCCCCCAAACCCGGGCCCCCGCCCGUCAAGCCGCCCGUGCCCGAGCUGAGACCCCGACCCGAGAAGCCUCCCCUCCCACACUUACAGAGGUCACCCCCCGACGGACAGAGUUUCCGGAGCUUUUCCUUCGAGAAACCCAUCCUGCCCUCCAAGGCCGACGUCUGCUCCGAGGAUUCGGAUGAAGAGUACGAAAAGGUGCCGCUACCCAGCUCGAUAUUCGUCAAUACGACCGAGUCGUUGGAAGUGGAAAGGAUGUUCAAAGCCACCAACGCCCAAGGGCAGCCCCAGAACGGACUCUAUUGCAUUAGGAAUUCUUCUACCAAGUCAGGCAAGGUCCUCGUUGUCUGGGAUGAGACCUACAACAAAGUGAGAAAUUACCGGAUCUAUGAAAAGGACUCUAAAUUUUACCUGGAGGGAGAACUCCUGUUCGUCAGCAUCGGCAACCUGGUGGAGCACUACUAUACCCACGUGCUGCCCAGCCACGACUGCCUGCUCCUCCGGCAUCCCUACGGCUACGCCGGACCCAGGUGACCCCGCCGCCCGGCCUCGACCGGGCGGGCCGCGGGCCGGGGAGGCGGGAGCGGGCCGGGCGGCCUCCCGUCCCCCGCCGUGGCCUCGGAACCGACUCGGAGCCGCCGGACGUGACCGGAGCUCGGUUUUCCCGCUAUUUUGCACACCGGGAUGGGACCUGAUCUGAACUCUUGCCCGAGGGCGGAGUCCGCUCACCGUGGACCUGGACCUGCAGCUCCCCCGGGGCAGCCAUCCUACUGCGGAAGGCGUCCACGCGCACUGAGCCCGUUGCGGAGCUGCUGAGCGCCACUUCCCCGACGGAGGGGCCAGGUGGAGGGGGUUUGGAAUAAACAGAGCACCCGCUGGGGGAAAUGGG